ACCUUCCCGAAGCCGAAAUUCCGUGUUUGCCGACGUCUGGUAAACAUACCAACCAAUUUGCAUACCGAUACAAUGUGCUAUCAAACAUAUGCAGUGCUGUAAUUGAAACGCAACAUAAAUUGUUUGUGGAACCGUUCGCUCAAUAGUGACGGUCGGCUGUAUGAAGCCUGCCGCUCACGAGUUGCUUUAUUAAUCAGUAUGCUGUUAUGUAGUAUACGUCUGUUUUAAGGUUGGGGAGUACUAUACCCGGUCCGAUGUCCCCAUGCCUCCCAAAUGCCCCACGAGCCAUACUGAGGUCAACCACCUUUACAUGCCUUGUGUGGAUAUGUUGCUUCAAGUUGUUGGUAGCAGAAGUCCGGCAAACUUGCCGGCCACCAGCUUUGGAUGAGACGGUGAUGCCUCGCGAGAGAUGUGGGGUCCUUCGAAAGGUCUGCGUCGAUCAGGGGAACAUCAUCUCCUUUGACCCUGACUAUGCGUAUGGCCGUGAAAAUCCUUCAAGGGGCGCACGGCUCCCGGCUCCCUUACCUUACUUGACCACUUGGGACGGCGCCUGGAACAUCCCUGGAGCCAUCAACACUGAUGCCAUCGUGGGCAAUCAGGAUCGGCACCGGCUGCUGCUCCGCCCGGCCACUCGGCUGGAACCGCGACCACUGCUGCAGCAAGCAGCCCUGCAACUGGAACUCAGCCUGCAGCAGCCGUCUGACCCCUCAGCCCUCCUCAAUAACACCUCCUCCUCCUCACCCUCCCCCGCCUCCCCCUUCUCCCGCUGCACGCUGCCCGUGCUGCUGUUCACCGACUGGCCCUUCAACUACUGCGAGUUUUUCACCAACGGAGCCACCGCGGCUGACCACCUGAUCAGACGCAUGGCCUUGCUGCCGGACCGCGAGGCUACCCUGGUGCUGGUCACUCCCUCCGGCCUGGGCCGCCUGCCCUUCCACUCCGCCCUGCUGGGCCACCUCAGCACCAAACCCCUCAUCACGCUGGGGGAGCUGGCGGCGGGGGCCGAGGCGGCGGGGGCGGGGGCGGAGACAGGGGCUGGUGCGCCGGCCGUGGAGUGGUCGGCUGAGGGCGUGGCUGUGGGGUGCUUUGAGCGGAUGGUCAUCUGCAAGCUGGAGGGCUCCCCGCAGCUCCCCACCCUCACCGCCGCAGCUGUGCUACGACACCUCACCCAGCCCAACAUGGGCGGGGAGCUGCCACCCGACCCACUGGGGUUCAACACCGCAACCACCACCACCGUCUCCUCCUCCUCUGCGUCCUCGGCCCUUUCCACCACCACCUCCGUCCCUGACCCAACCGCUGGUGCCAGCAGCAGCACUGGCAGCAGCAGCAGCAGUACCGCAGACGCGUCCUCUACGUUGCGGGUGGUGAUCGAGGCGCGCAACUCGGGUGUUCGCGGCAUCCGCAACCUGCAUCAACUAGUGGAAGCGUGCGAGGGAGUGAGCUGGCCGGACGGCCCUUUCCGCCGUGUCUCCUGCCGCGUGCUCACCACGCACGAUACCCCCAACCUACACGGUAUCGCACGAUUCCGAGCCACCGUGGCUGCCGUACGAUCCGCUGACGUACUGGUUACCGUACACGGAGCCGGAUCCGCGAAUGCGCUCUUCAUGCGCGCCGAACGCAGCAGCGACGGACCCGUGGGUCACUCAUCGUCAGCGCCUCUUUUAAGCGGCACAUCUGCAGCAGCGUUAUUAGAGAUCCGGCCAUGUGGUUUCGGAUCUGGAUUUACCUGGUGGGUUGAUGUACACAUGGCGAUACAGCUACCAAGAUCCGGGGACGACGUACAUUUCCAUGCGUACAAUUUGGAAGAUCCCACUCAAUGUACGGCAUCUAGUUGGGAACUUGCCAUAAAAGCCGGCAACGGUGGAAGCAACACCCGUGCGGGUAACGGUCACCGGAUGCGAGACCAGAAUCUGGUCGUACGGCCAGAUGGUUUUUUCGCCAUGCUACGGCACGUAGCUAGCAUGCUGCGAGACCCGGAAAAGUACGGCAAAGCUAAAGCUGAAAACCAGUUGCAUGGGUAUGCGAUGCCCAGUCCUGGUGGGGAUGCCGCCGGCUGGGGGUCCGGUACAGGAUUCGGAGGAGGACAGGUGGGGCAGGGCGGGGCAGCAGCGGGGCAGGCGGGGUUAGGCGGCAUGGGGUUGUGGGGUCCGAGCGGGGGUGUGCUGCUCGGGCCGUUGGGCGUUACCAACUUCACAGAGCACAUUAGGAAAGGGGGGCAGUGGCUGCUGCCGCCUGGCUAAGAGAGAGGAGCAGGAAUAGGAGGACGGAGGGAGGAGAGGCCGAAUGUACGGUUUAUGGUAGUGGCAACGGUGCAGUACAUGAUCCCUGGUAUGUAUAUCUCAUUUUGUGUUCCCUGCGAUUUAAAUAAGCCUUCUCGCGCUGUUAGGACCGUGGUCCUGCCGUUCGGAGAACUGGAUAGCGUAGCAAUGGUCGGGAUGUGUGGGGAAGUGGCGAGGAUGUGAAGGGUGCAGUAGGGUGAAUGCUGAGUGGCUUGGGUGUUCACCUUGUCCCAUACGGUAUUCUUGGAGAGGUUUUUUUAUAGGUUAUUUUUAAAGUUCUAUACUAUAGUCUUAACAGCUCUUGCGGUCGGCAGCCAGGAAGCUAGUGAAGAGCUGAAUUGCGGUUGGGGCCGGAGACACGGCAAUGGAUUGGAUUGGGCCUUACACACUAUUGGUGGAGCUGCUGCUCGCGACAGCACACGGCUCAGUGCAGCGGCGUGCGCCUGCACCCGCUGCACAGCGGAAAACAAAGACGCCCGCGGGCGUAGUAAGCGCCAAAGCGCUG